AUGAUGUUUAUGGAAAGUCCGGAUUUCUUAUUUUAUUCUCUACAUGGAAUGGGAGCUGUCACUUGCCCUCUCCAAAUACUCGGUCUUUAUUGCAUUCUAUUCAAAACACCACAAACAAUGAAUUCUGUCAAAUGGGUACUUUUGAAUUCUCAUAUUUGGUCCCUUAUCUUCGAUAUAACAGUUACUGCACUAACCAUCACAUUUCUAGUUUUUCCAGUUCUCGGAACAGUUCCACUAGGUUUUCUAACGACAUUAUUCGGAGUUCCAAUUGAUAUUCAGGCAUAUUUGGUGUUCACACUUCUAUUCACGGUCUUGUUCUCAGACAUGCUGAUCUUCGAAAAUCGCUACUAUCAAUUAUUUGCAAAAAACAAAAGUUGGCGGCACUUUCGCGUUCCAUUCAUUAUCAUUAAUUAUGGUGCCGUUGGAAUUUUCAUGCUUCCGACGUUUUUGAAUACUCCUGAUCAGUUACAAGCUAUUGAUUUAGCUUUCAAGCAAGUUCCGAACCUUCCCGUUGAACUCAGAUCCAUGAACUUUUUCAUAUGGGCAACAGAUUUCAAACUUUUUCUGGGAUCUUUCAUCUUCAUCACAGCAUUUCAACUUACGGAAUUUGUUCCUUUGAUUUUAAUAACUGAUUGGAAUGUGAGAUCGUCAAUCAAGAAAUCAACGCAGUCACGGCAAACAAUGCAACUUCAGUUGAAGUUCUUAAUGGCUUUAUAUGCACAGAGCGGGGCAUUUUUCUUGACUUGUUUUACUCCAUACGUAUAUAUGUUGUAUUCUUGUUUCACAAACUACUACAAUCCCAUUGCCAACAAUUUUAUUUUCAUUUUUGUGGCAGCACGUGGAUCGUUCUGCACGGUAAUUCUGCUCUCGGCAUAUAAGCCUUAUAAGAAAGCAGUAGUCAAUAUCUUCCGGUUAAUUAGCUCCUCGAUCGGUUGUUUCAAAACUCAGCCAAUUGUGAAUCCAAUAGGAAUAAUUAUAUCUAAUCAAAAUACUUCUUUGUUUUGA